AUGAAAUGCUUUUCCCGCUACCUGCCUUACCUCUUCCGACCUCCGAACACCAUCCUCUCUUCCAGCUGCCACACAGAAGCUGACAUUAUCUCUACAGUAGAAUUCAACCACACAGGAGAAUUACUAGCGACAGGGGACAAGGGGGGUCGUGUUGUAAUAUUUCAACGUGAGCAGGAGAGCAAAAAUCAGCCCCAUCGCAGGGGAGAAUAUAAUGUUUACAGCACAUUCCAGAGCCAUGAACCUGAGUUCGAUUACCUGAAGAGCUUAGAGAUAGAGGAAAAGAUCAAUAAAAUACGAUGGCUCCCACAGCAGAAUGCAGCCUAUUUCCUUCUCUCCACCAAUGAUAAAACUGUGAAACUAUGGAAAGUCAGUGAACGAGAUAAAAGACCAGAGGGCUACAAUCUCAAAGAUGAAGAUGGACGCCUCCGAGACCCCGCCACAAUUACCACACUACGGGUACCUGUGCUAAGGCCAAUGGAUUUAAUGGUGGAGGCAACUCCCAGAAGAGUCUUUGCAAAUGCACAUACCUAUCACAUCAAUUCCAUCUCUGUAAACAGUGACUAUGAAACCUACAUGUCAGCAGAUGACUUGAGGAUAAACUUAUGGAACUUUGAAAUAACCAAUCAAAGUUUUAAUAUUGUAGAUAUAAAACCAGCAAACAUGGAAGAGUUGACAGAAGUGAUUACAGCUGCAGAAUUCCAUCCGCAUCACUGCAACACCUUCGUCUAUAGCAGCAGCAAGGGGACAAUAAGAUUGUGUGACAUGCGAACGUCUGCUUUGUGUGACAGACACUCCAAAUUUUUUGAAGAGCCCGAAGAUCCAAGUAACAGAUCUUUUUUUUCUGAGAUCAUCUCUUCAAUUUCUGAUGUAAAGUUCAGCCAUACUGGGAGAUACAUCAUGACCAGGGAUUAUCUCACUGUCAAGGUGUGGGAUCUAAAUAUGGAGAACAGACCUAUUGAGACAUACCAGGUUCAUGAUUACCUCCGCAGCAAGCUGUGCUCCCUCUAUGAGAAUGAUUGCAUUUUUGAUAAAUUUGAAUGUGUAUGGAAUGGGUCAGACAGCGUCAUCAUGACUGGCUCCUACAACAAUUUCUUUAGAAUGUUUGAUCGCAAUACCAAGCGUGAUGUGACUCUUGAAGCCUCAAGAGAAAACAGCAAACCCCGUGCCAUCCUGAAGCCUCGCAAAGUUUGUGUUGGGGGCAAAAGGAGGAAAGAUGAAAUUAGCGUGGACAGUCUGGACUUUAGCAAAAAGAUCCUGCAUACAGCUUGGCAUCCUUCAGAAAAUAUAAUAGCAGUGGCCGCAACAAAUAACCUGUAUAUAUUUCAAGACAAGGUUAACUAGGAGGGAGAAAAGAUGCUCCUUGGGAACCUAAUAUUC